ACGAAUCUACAAGCUCUCAAUAUAAAUGAAGCCCUCAAUUUGAGUUAAUAAGUAACACGAAAUGUUUGAAAAUGGAAACAUGUUUAACGGCUGAUUUUGAGAAAGUUUGUCGUAUUUGUAUGAAAUUCCAUCAAACAUUUCUAUCAAUUAACUCAUUUAAAAUAAUUGAUAUGAUAAUUACGUGUGCUUCUGUGCAGAUUUGGGAAAAUGAUGAUCUACCAAAUCAAAUAUGCAACGAUUGUUUUCUUCAACUGCACAAUUCUAUAAACUUCAAACAAUUAUGUGAAAAUUCAGACAAUGCAUUUCGUCAAAUUAUUCAGCAAAAUAAGAUUAAUUUAUCAAAUAAUCAAAAUAAUUUGAAAAACGUAAAAGAUGAAGAGUUUGAAGAUUACGCUGAUGACUAUUCUCUAAUAGAUAUCAAGCAAGAAGAUAUACCUGUGAAUAUAAAAAAUGAAAUUACCCUGGAAAAUGUAAAAAUUAUACAUGACCAAAAUGAUGAUGGUUUCAAAAAUUCAAAGACAAACAACAUGUUGGAAAUUAAAAACUAUGAUAGCCCAGAAUUGAAUAAAGUAGCGAUACAAACUAAAUCCGAAAAACCAAGUGAUUCAUUGGAAAAUAUAAAAAUUAGUACUGGUCAAGAUAACUCAAAAAAAUUAAAGACAAAAAAAAUGUUGGAAAUUACAGGAAAAAAUAGACGAGCAGUGCGGAAAAUACUAGUACGAACUGAAUUGGAAAAAGAAAGUGAUACUGAUGAAGAUACCAGUGGCGAUGAAAAGGCUGAAACGUUUAAUUGUGACUAUUGUGAGAAGUGUAAUAAUGAAUAUAAAACGGUUUGGGCAUUGAGUCAACAUAUACAGCGCAACCAUAAAGUGAAACCAAUUAAAUGUAAUAAAUGUAAGCUACAAUAUUACCAUCCACAAGCUUUGAAUCGACACGAAAAACUAAUGCACACCAAUCAUAUAUGUUACAAAUGUAAUAAAAAAUUUUCAAAUAUUUACAAAUUAAAAGUUCAUAAUAAGCGUUCUCAUAAUGAAGAAGUCCGUUCAAAAGAAUACGUAACAUGUGAUAUUUGUGGUAAAUUAAUACAGAAAAAAAAUAUAAAAAAUCAUUUAAUAAUUCAUAAAGAACGUGAUAAAAUCGCAUGCGAUAUAUGUUCAAAAACAUUUUUAUAUCAGUUAACGUUAAACAAUCAUAUUAAACUUGUACACGAGAAUCAAAAACCUGAACGUAGACAUUUAUGUAAUAUUUGUGGACAUGCAGCACGAGGACCGGCUGAAUUACGUGAACAUUUAAGAACUCAUUCAACCGAACGACCGUAUUCCUGUAAACAUUGUGAUAAAACGUAUCGACGUGCAGAUAGUUUAAAAGAACAUAUAUCACAUGUGCACUUAAAUGAACGAAAUUAUCAGUGUACGCUUUGUCCACAAGCUUUUCAUGAUAAGAAAAGUUUGUCGAAUCAUAUACGACGUCAUACGGGUGAAAAACCGCAUAAAUGUGAAGUGUGUGGUAAAGCGUUUUUACAAAAAAGUACAUUGAAAACCCAUACAAAAAUACAUACAAAUUCAAAAGAGAAUCUUACGCAAAUUAUACGUAAAAUCGUGAAAGAAAUAUUUGGAAAAAUGGAUGAAUGUUUAAUGGUUGAUUUUGACAAAGUUUGUCGUAUUUGUAUGAAAUUCGAUAAAACAUUUCUAUCAAUUAACUCAUUUAAAAUAAUUGAUAUGAUAAUAGCAUGUGCUUCAGUACAGAUUUGGGAAAAUGAUGAUCUACCAAAUCAAAUAUGUCACCCCUGUUUUGUUCAACUACAAAAUACUAUUAGUUUCAAACAAUUGUGUGAGAAUUCAGACAAUGCAUUUCGACAAAUAAUUCAGAAAAAUAAAUUUAAUUCAUCGAAUAACGAGACUCAAUUUGAAGAUUACAAUAAUUUUAAUUCUCUAUUAAAUAUCAAACAAGAAAAUAUUCCUGAAGAUGUCACAAGUGAAAAUCCUUUGAGAAAUGUUAAAAUUGGUAUUGGCCAAGAUGUUUCUAAAAAACCAAAAACAAAUAACAUAUUGGGAAUUACAGACAAAGACAAGGAAGGGAAAAAAAGUGAUACCGAUGAUGAGGACAGUGAAUUGUAUACUUGUGACUAUUGUGAGAAGCCUAUCGAUGAAUAUAAAACAGUUUGGGGAUUGAGUCAACAUGUACAUCGUAGCCAUCAUAAUAUCCAAGCAAUGAAAUGCGAUAAAUGUGAGCUAGAAUAUUACCAUCCACUAGCUUUGAAGCGGCACGAGGAACUAAUGCACACCAGUCAUUUAUGCAGCAUAUGUAACAAAACAUUUUCAAAUAUACAAAAAUUAAAAAUGCAUAAGCGUACCCAUAAUGACGAACCAAAAGCGUAUGUCGCAUGUCAUAUUUGUGGUAAAUUAAUAGUGACAGGACAUAUGAAAAAUCAUUUGGUAAUUCAUGAGAAACGUGAAACAAUUAAAUGCGGCAUAUGUUCAAAAUCAUUCUUGUACCAGGUAUCAUUAAAAAAUCACAUAAAAUUUGUACACGAGAACAAAAGAGGUGAAGGCAAACAUUCCUGUACUUAUUGUGGAUUUAAAGCACGAGACCCGAGUGAGUUACGUGAACAUUUAAAAAAUCAUUCAAUCGAUCGACCGUUUGCAUGUACUCAUUGUGAUAAAACCUAUCGACGUGCAGCUCAUUUAAAAGGACAUAUCUCACUCGUUCACUUGGAUAUACGAAAAUAUCAGUGUAGAUUUUGUCCACAAGCGUUUCGUGACAGGAAAACUAUGACGAAUCAUGAACGACGUCAUACGGGUGAAAAGCCACAUGUAUGUGAUGUGUGUAGUAAAGCGUUUAUACAAAAAAGUGCAUUGAGAACUCAUAGGAAAAUACAUAACUAGCAAAGAAUUAAUAAUAAAUUUAAAAAAUUCUCGAAAGUCCAGUGGUUUACAUAACGACUUUAACAGUCGAGACCCAUUAUUGGCAAGAUUUGGCGCCGAUCUAGAUUUUAAUGUGUCCCAACCACAGUCAUAUAUAAUAUAUACAAGUCAUUUAACUUCUGACAAAACUAUGGGUCUCUUAAUGAAAAUGUUUUUGUUACAUUAUUAAACA